AUGCGAUGGCCACAAUGGAGCACCGAGUCAAGCAAUGACGAUAAAGAACUGCCGGAGCGCAAAGCCAACUCCUCAACCGCGUCAUCAUACCCCACACCCGCAACAAACAACUCCGACUCGGUUCUGGACUGGGGCGACUUCGCAGAGUCCAGGACAUUGAUCUCUACCGUACUUUUGACGAGCGGUAUCCUGCUCGCGGUGCGCUUUCAUCGCAGCUACUUGCGCCGUAUCCCCGACGCGCCUAGCAUUUCACCCUCGUUCCUCCGCCGCCGGACUAUCUUCGGCAAAGUGACCAGUGUUGGCGAUGGUGAUAACUUCAGGAUAUUUCACACCCCUGGUGGCCGACUUGCUGGAUGGGGUUGGUUGCCAUGGAAGAAAGUUCCUACUACCAAGAAAGAGCUGAAAGAUAAUACCAUUCACAUCCGUUUAGCAGGCAUAGAUGCCCCUGAACUGGCACAUUUCGGCCGGCCCGAACAACCAUUCGCCCGUGAAGCCCACCAAUGGCUCACCUCCUACCUCCAAAACCGCCGCGUACGGGCCUCCGUCCAUCGCCAGGAUCAGUACAGUCGUGUCGUUGCCAGUGUAUUUGUCCGGCGCGCCUUUGAUUUUCCCCCAUAUCGCCGGAGAGAUGUAUCAUAUGAAAUGCUGAAGCGCGGCCUGGCUACGAUAUAUGAAGCCAAGGUAGGCGCCGAGUUUGGAGGCGAGAAGCUGGAGCAGAAGUACCGCCGUGCGGAGUGGUGGGCGAAAGCACGGUCCAAGGGUCUUUGGAAGGAUUAUCACCGCAUCGGGUCUAAUUUCGAAAGUCCGAGAGAGUAUAAGAAUCGGAUGGGAAUGGGCGACCCUUCUGAUAAUGGCGGUAAUACCAAAUCAUAG